GAAAUGAGCGCGCAAGCAAAUUUUGCAAUACCUGCUGACUUCUGCCAUACUGCUCUCAAUGAUGUGUGAAUAAAUAUACAUGGGGGAUUUAAAAUAUGGCUUGCUACAAAGGAUACAAAGUUCCAUUACAUCACCUAAAGUAGCUAGGGCUUUAUUUUACCCGACAUUGUUAUGGAAUAUCAUCACUGUGGGCAUGAGCCACAAGAGAAAAUGGUAUGACAGAAUUGAUGGGAAUGUUGUACUUGGUGCUUUACCUUUACGGAUCAUUGCAACAUCAGUGAGUAUAUAUGAAGGGUUGACUUGUGAGAUUAACGACUGGCCUGUCUCAUUGUGCUAAUGAACAUGCAAGAUCUUAGGCACUUUCUUGCAGUUGCGCCGCCAGCUCGAUAAUUGGGGGGGGGAAUAUUCAUAUCUUCAUGUGAACUCUGCAUUAUUAAUUUCUUUUGAAAUUGAUUGUUUUUAGUCUAUGAACACAAAAAUAUGAAUAUUCGCCCCCAAUUAUCGAGCUGGUGGCGCCACUGCUUUUCUUGAUAUAUUCGCAACCGAAAUAAUUAAUUGACAACAUUAUGCUUAUAUCGAGAAAGAUUUUGAUAGCCAGGGUAACAAAUUCCCCCCAGACCCUUCCUCUAGAAUGUUCCUGCAUUUUGGGCUCAAUAUUCGAUAAAAUUUGGAAAGAUCCAGCUGACAUGGGCGAACAGGAGGGAAAAUAUUUCCCCGACUUUUCCCCAUUCUGCCCGACUUGCUGAAAACCAUUUUCUGUGUAAACUUUCCAUGCAUAGAUUAAUUCGUUGAAUGCCAGUGCUCUCUUUUCACGAAUAAAAUCUUAUUUAAGGUGGCUCAAUACAAUUUUUAAAAAAAUGGAAAAUUCACGAUUUAGAUGCGUAUUUUUGGACAAUUAUUACUUGUUGAUAAACAAAAUGGACCUCACUUAAUAUAUAAAACAACAUCUAAGGAGUUUGAAGUUUUGCACAAAAGUUACGUAACUGCUGUUGCUAUGGCAACAACGACGUUCCAAGAUGGCAGAUAUUUUGGCUUUAAAGUAAUUUAACACGUGAACGACAUCGGUGACCCCCAAAUUUUAUCCAAAAAAAACAUUUCUCUUAGACUUAGUAUAAUCAAUUAUUUUGACAAUUAAUUAAAAACAAUUCCGUGGAGCUGAAAUUUUUUAAAUUACGUAAAGGUGAUUAUUCAUAAUAAUUUUUUUUUGGCUCCACAGAUUUUUUUAAAAUUGUCAAAAUAAUUGAUUAUACUAAGAGAAAUCAUUUUUUAAAAUAAAAUUGGGGAGUCACCGAUGUCAUUUACGAGUUAAAUUACUUUAAAGCCAAAAUAUCCGCCAUCUUGAAACGUCAUUGUUGCCAUAGCAACGCCAGUUGCGUAACUUUUGUUCAAAAAUUCAAAUUCUUUAGAUGUUGUUUUAUAUCAGUAAGGUACUUUUUGUUUAUCAACAAGUAAUAAUUGUCCAUCUAAAUCGUGAAUUUUCCAUUUUUUUAAAAACUGUAUUGAGCCACCUUAAGACAAUAAAAUAAUAAAGAACUGGGCGCAGUUGGGGCGCAAUGCAACUUAAUGGGUUAAUAUGUUAGUCAGGACCCAAAAAAACCUAAUAAAAAUAGGCAUGAAAAACAAUUAAGAUGGAAAACAUUUUCAUGCAGUGACUUAUAAUUUGAUAGUUUAUUAUUAGCAUGACAAAAUUACUGGAUGCUGAUUGGUUGAGAGGAGUACAAUUAUUUCAUUAAUUGUACUGCAGUACAAUUAAUGAUUUUCCCAAAACAAACAAAAUGGCGGAAACGUACUUUAAACGCAAGCAUGAAAUGAAAUUGCCGUGGAGGAACUAGAUGAGAAUAGGAACAAAAGCACCAAAUUUUGCUUUAACAAAAGAACUAAAUGAAAAUACAAACAAAAGCACCAAAUUUUGGUUGGAAGUCUGGCAGGACUGGGCUUUGGCGAGAGAAUAUGAUGCUGACAUUGAGAAGUAUACGUAUCCAAUUUUGUCAUGCUAAUAAUAAACAAAUCAAGUAAUCAUGCGAUGUUGCUCGUACAAUUAGGGAUUAAACAUCACUCGUACUAUUAAUCCCUAAUUGUACUCGCCAUCGCAUGAUUACCUAUACUUAUUAUUAGCAUGACAAAAUCACUGGAUGCUGAUUGGUUAAGAGGAGUACAAUUAUUUCAUUAAUUGUACUGCAGUACAAUUAAUGAUUUUCCCAAAACAAACAAAAUGGUGGGAAGAUAUUUUAAACACAAAUGUGAAAUGAAAUUGCGCUAGAGGAACUAGAUGAAAAUACGAACAAAAGCACCAAAUUUUGCUUUAUUAACAAAAGAACUAAAUGAAAAUACGAACAAAAGCAACAAAUUUUGGUUGAAAGUCUGGCAGGACUGGCCUUUGGCGAGAGAAUAUGAUGUUGACAUUGAGAAGUAUCCAAUUUUGUCGUGCUAAUAAUAAACAAGUAAUCAUAUGAUGUUGCUCGUACAACCACUCACCCCAGCGGCUCGUCCAAUUUUAGCAAAAUUCCCAAAUAUCACUCGUACUAUUAAUCCCUAAUUGCACUCGCCAUCGCGUGAUUACCUAUACUAAAAUAAAAUAUGCAUAGAAACCACAGUUAAAUAUUCUCCCAGAAUGCAGGAAUUGUAUUCUAGGGACUUUAGCUUUCAAAAUCCCGGGAAAGAAUUCCCCAGAACCCUCCGAAUUACUGAAGUACAGAAUAUGCAUGAAAAUGUUAUAUAAACAUUCAAACCCGAAGGAAAUAAUUUUGCAAAUUGUCCUAAAAGUGCAAGAAUAUGGAAAUCAAGAGCGCCAUAUAACUUCAAGAAUCUUUGAUGAUAGAAAAUCCCUAGGGUCCCUUCCAAAUAUUAAAUUUGCCCCAGGCCCCAAAUUUUUCUGUGCGGCCCUGCAUGUCCAAGUCCACUUUUUAGGGCAGCUUACACAGACUCCAUUCUACAAGUAGGGUUCACUACAAAUAAUGUUGCCAUUCACCAUAAAGGGACAGUUGAAGGCACAUUGCAACUAGAUUUAUUUAAUAUCAAUUAUCAUUUAAGGGCUAGAUAAAUAAAAUUGCCAAAAUUCUAAGUGAGUCGCUCUUUAAAAUGAUAAACAAAUGGUUCCCAAUGGUAUGCCUCUUUUAUAUUGGUUAAUACCAACCAAGACGUUUUGUGACCUAUUUAUUGAAUCAUCAACAAUAAAUUUUACCAUAUAAUUGUAACAUGUAAUUAUGUUUGCAUGAUAAAGCAAUCAGUCCCAACAAAAAGGAACUAAGUUUACAUGAUGAUCAAAAAAACAGAUGACAUACGUAUACAUUUUCGAAAUUAAAGAUAAACUAGCAUUAUUAAAAAUUAACCAUCGACAACUGUUGAAACCAUUGAAAAUAUGUACAUUCAAGAUGGCGUCCUUAAGUUAACCUUGGAAGGGCUUUUUAAAUGAAGGAGGUGAAUAGUGCAAGGAUACUAAUCUGCACGCGAAGCAUCGAGGUGAAUAUCCUUGAAUUAGCACCUAUUGAUUGGGACGGAGGGAAACAGUAUGUUUUGUAGACCCGGAACAGCCAGUACUGUUAAAGCCAUUUUAUUCUCUGUAUAUACCAAGCCAAGUGUCAAAAGAAAAGAAAAACAACAAAAAGGAAAAGAAAAGAAAACAAAAACAACAAUUAAAAAGGAAAACAAAAAGAAACGAGAAACCUUAAUUUUUGCUUUAUUACUCAUUGAUUUUAUUAUUGACCGGUAAACAAAAGUAAUGUCCACCACAAGCACUCCUCAGGUAUGUAGUCGUGUUAGUUGUUAAAGUUAUAGUCGCGCGCGUUUUCGUUCGAGCGUCAUAACUAACAGCCAAAUUUUCUCAAUUUCUAGCUGAUUAAUAAAGAAAACAUUGGCGGGGUUGUAACAUUGAAUGAGGAUUAUGAAACAAAGUUACUGACGUAUUCAAGUAAGGUAAAGUAAAAAUCAAAUGUUU